CGUUAGUGAAAACAUUGGAACUACAGUGCUGGAUGGGUGGGUUUAUUAUGUAAAAAAUCAAUAUGAUGACUUUAGAAUUUUCUAUGCAAUUAUGACAAAGAGGCAUCAAGGAACGCUCCUGGUCCUAAAAUGUGAAACUUCGAAAGUUUGUAGGUGAUGAAAUGGGUUAAAAUAAAAACAACCCCAGUCCAAGUAUUUUGUAUCAAUUGUCAACUUCCUUGUUGGUCGUUUUUUUUCUGGUGGUGACAAAGUUUCUUCAAAGUUCCACUUCCAGCUGCAGUCCCUGGUCAGACUGCUGGGAUUCCAUCUCAUCAUGCAAGGCUAGCACAAGCACAGCACAGCAUCAUGAGUAACUUUAACAUCACGGCUCCCAAUGCGGGGAACUCAGCCAUCUCUUUGGGAGGAGAAUGGAGGAAUCACGAUAGAAUGCAGGCCAAUAAAUACAAGAUGAGUGGCUUGGCAAACAGAGCAAAGAAGAAACCCAAAGGCAAGACUGGCAGCAAAGAGGACACAGGAAGACCUAAAUCUGAACCCAGUUCCCAGCAGAGGCGUGGCUCCUCACCGGGCAGCCAAGCCCCAUCAAGCAGUGCCCCGCCCGGUGUCAAACAACGAUGUGACAGAGUGUACGACGUUGAACAAGAACCAGCAGCAAGAAAGAGUCUAGACAAUCAUCUCCCAUUAAAGAAAACUCGAGCUGUGUCCAGAGACGAACAGUCAGCAAGGCAGUACAAGUUGGGUGCGGGUAUGGUGCUGACGCGUGGGCGGAGUAAAGUAGCAGUUACGAUUAACACUGGCGAGGAGGAAGACAUUCCAAGGACUAUCCCCAGAGCAUCUUAUCAAGGAUCCUCUGUCGAUCCGGAACGGGAAAACAUGUACUCCCUUUUCCGGCAACGAAACCCAGAAAAUACAGACAAUCAGACAAAACUUGAAAGACUUCUCCAUCAGAGUUUAAUGACGGGGGGUGUAGACCUAUCUAAUCUGUUCCCUGAUGAUGCCAAUGAUCACUAUAGCCCGGCCGGCAAUAGGGGGAGAACCCCUCGAUCGAACACGAGGGCAUCAUCGGCGUCUAUGAGUUUACAGGAAGCUCUGAUUGCUCAAUUACAACAGCAGGUGUCUGACUUGACUUUGUUCUUAGAAGAGGAGCGUUUGAAUCACAAGGCAACAAAAGACAAGUUGGCAAUUACUCUGAAGGAGAAGUUACAAGACGUUGAGAGGAAACACAUGGAGGAGUUAAGAGGUUUACAGCAAGACCAAGACGACCAACUAGACAUGAUGAAACAACUUCAUGGCAAGGAGUUAGAACAUCACAAGUCUGCCAGCAAUGCUGUCCUUGGGCGUAUGAAGGGUGAGCUGGAGUUCCUACAGGGUGCCUUUGAGGCUUAUAAAGGUACCCUUGUGCAGGAUAUGGAGGAGAAAUGGGCUAAGAAAGAGAGCGAUAUGAAGAUAAGAUUCCAAGAGGAUAUGGACAAGGCGAUACAUGAGCAAAGAACGGACCUGCUGGAAGAUGCAAUGAGAGAGAAGAAAAAUAUGAAUCGAGAAUUCCAACGACAAAUCCAACUGAUGAACAGAGACCACAAAAAGGAAAUUGAGGGUAUGAUGAAUCGAUUCUCGAGUACCUCCGCCGAUGUCGCUAAUCUCAAGAGAGCUUUAGAGCAGCUGAAACGAGUCCAAACCCAACUCGACGAGAAGACGGACAAACUUGCCGUGACUGAAGAUAAUCUGAAAUCCACACAACAUGAACUUCAACAACUGAAAGUGCAGCUGUCUAAUUACAAAGAGACGUUUCAAGAUAAAGUGGAUGAAGUUGAUGAUAAAUAUAAAGAGCGUAUCCAUCUAUUGAUGACUGAAAAUGCUGAGCUAAGACGGCGAUAUCUUCAGAAGUGUGAUGAGUUAUUCACAGAGAAAUCAGUGACUGAAGUCAAGAGAGUCGAGAAAGUUACCAAUACAAAAGAACUAAUGCAGAUGCUCGUCCAUGUCAAGAAUCGCUCCAAUAUCAACAUCGCCUGCGCUGAUCCAUUGUCGGACAGCAAACCUCGUAUCCCAAUCCUACGCCCAGUCAGUGCACCAGGCACCAAGCGGGAAGCUCUUAAAGCCUUCAGGAAAGCUGGAGAGACUGGUCAUUUGAAAUCAAGCUCGGACAGAAAAAGUCCGGUCAGAAGGCCACACACUACGUACGGUCAGAGAAAACUGUCAACCUCGGACUCAAGCACCAAUAGUGCCCAAGGUGCUUUGUUUAUUCCGUUGGCAAGAGAGUCCCUUACAAAUGGUUCAUUUUGAUCGCCUGUGUAAAAGGACUUCAGUGACUCAGGACUUCAGGACUCGAAUUUCCGUAUGCCAGUCUGUGCGCUUGUACUGGACUUUGAAUGUAGGGUCAUAGAUUGGUAAACCCUCAAAAAAUGUUAUGGCCAUAAAAACUUACUUGGUGAGAGGUUUUGUAGUAGAAACUAUUCUGAGAAAAGGAAUCCCUUCGGUUAACCUUGUGUGUAGUCAGACAGGUACAGGUUCAGAAUUUAAUCCCUUCAAAACUCCGUCCUAUCGUCCCUUCAAAAUGUUCCUAGACAGUGUGCUAGUCUUUUUUAAAAGCUGUUUUUAUCAAUUGUAUAUAGCUGUAUAUAUAUCCCAACACCAAGCAAAAAUGUUGUAUAUAAAAAUUAUGUGAAUAAUGACUGAACUGGAGGCUAAGUUUCCUGGCUGACUUAACAAAGUCCAUAAUUAUUUUUCCGAGCUAUGCAAAUAGAUUCCAAUGUGUGUCUGAAAUGUACGCAUUUUUUUUUUUUUUGCCAUGUUUUAUAUUUUUCUAUCAAGAUAAGUCGAGUACUUUUUAAUGAAUGAGUUUGUGUGCUGUGGGUACAUGGAUAGUCCCUGUUUUCUUGGUACAAGAGUGUUUUAAAGUUUCAAAAUUGUGCCUUAAAUUUUAUCAAAGCGAUGAGUAAAAUUAGGGCUGCUUCUAAAUUUGCAUUUUUUUUGUUCAAUUGUAAUGUCAAACAUUUAAAUGCUUUUUCUAGUUUUGAUAAAUUUGUACAUUAUUGUAAAUCGUGUAAAAUGAAAAUUGGGUUUUGAAUCCGCUUAAGGUGAAAAUGAGCAGGACAUCAGUCAUGUGUGUGUAGCUUUUUUUCUGCUUAAGAAGCUUUAUGAAACUGAGCCCUGGUUCGUCUCAGCUCAAUGAUGGGGAAACUUCUUGUAAAAAUGUGAAUAAGUAAUCAAAUACUUUUACCAGUGUGCUCAAUUUAAACAUGUACCAUCGUAACUUUAUUAUUAUUUUUUUUUCUUUACAGCAACAAAUUGAAAAUACACAUUAUUGAAAGACAAUUAUUUGGUUAAAAUAAUAUAAAUUGAACAGGUAACAUAAAAUAUAAAAAUAAUAAAUAUUAAUGUGUUAGCACCUCGAGAAAGAUUAAUCAUUUAAUAAUAAUCAAAUGACUAAAUAUAUAAUAAUAUUGAACCUAUUCAGCGUCCUUGCAUGACAAUCGAAAUUACUUGAGUGACAUUUGACCUCAUCAUCGCAAUACUCUUUUGUAGUAAUUGCGAGUAGAGGUUUGAUUUUACAAUGAAACAGUAUUGCAACAGAAUUGUUUGCAUUUUAGCGGAACUUUACGUAAUGCUGAUAAAUAAUGCACCACUGGUAAUCUUGGCUUAAUAAAGGCUAACUUAUGCAAAUUAUGCGUAUCAGUAUUAACCAGGUUGUGUUUUAUUGAUGAAUAAUUUCACAUUUAGAUACCAUUGAUUUCCGUUUAAUAAUGACCAUACAGCUAGACAUGAUUUCUUCAACUCAUUUUGUUGUUUCUAGUAAAUCUCUUUUGAAAAGAGUUGAAAACACCGAUUCUUUUCAAAACCACCAUUUCUCAAAAGAGAUUUUACACAUGGUGUCGAAGCAAACCUCACCUGACUAUUGAAGUUUUGUUACUUGUUGGAUAGUUUACAAUGUUUAAACUCCUCUCAUAUUAUUGUAAUCCAGUUUGGUGGAUAUUUCAUGUUGCUUAGAUUUCAAUGUAGCGGAGUAACGGGUCAACUUGUACGCAGUGAUAAGAUCUUCUUGUUUCAUGGUUAUGUGUACAAUGGUUUUAUGGUCACUAUUUCAUUUUGUUCAAUGCUUUUCAGGACAAACUCAUAUCCGAACUGAUUCAUUACAAAAACAAGUGAUUUGUCAUCACAAUCUAAGUUCAUUCCGUUUCCACAAAGAAUUCUAAAAACAUUUAUAGUAAAAAAUAAAAUUCUAAAAUAACGUAAACUUCUAACAUUUCUCUAUAAUUCUACCUGUUAAUAUACACAGGGGUCAAUGUCAGAGAGCUAACCAGUUUGGCGAGAACAAUAAUUAUUUAGCGAUGUUUUGUAUGUUGCUUUUUAUACCCAACACCGAUGUGCAAUAAGCACUGUACAUCCAGAAACAACUCACAUGCAUAGUACUCUGAUGGGAAUUGCAUCUGCCACUGCCUAGCACUUGUAUAUUGGGUGCUUUUCCUAAAAUCUUUCUGACCCAAAUAGCGGGCAUGCCGACCAACAACCGCCACCAUUCCAGAACAGAUUUCUCACCACUAUAUACUCAUGCCACUUGUUUGCCUAAAAAGGCCAGGAAAAAUGUACCAGCCAUUUUACAACGGAUUAGUAUCAUUUAUCCAAUCACAGGUGUUUUGCUAAUCAAUUAAGCAUUGUUCUCGCCAUAAGUUCAAGCCUCAUGAUUAGGGCUACGGCUAUUGGCUGCAGUUGCACUAUUAAAGAAUAGUCAGCAAUUUGAUCAUAGCCACAGCCGAAGCCUUCCAUUAGGCCAUAGUGUAGCUCUUCAACAUUGGUCCCUGUGUGUAGUAUUUUUAAACAAAACCUCAAUCACACAUUUUGUUCAACUUAAAAUAGUCCCAGUGGUAGUACAAGUCCACUGGAAGCAUAAUGAUUGCCAUAGACAUAGUGUUUUAGCACAUCUGAAAGAUAUAAUUACCACACCUUAUAAUUAUUAUUAUUAAUAUUAGUUUACGUAAUUAAAAGUCAAUUUGUUUUGUUAAUAGCAAUAAAAUAAAAAUUACUUUUAUCAGCAACUAUUUAAAUCGUUUACAAGUACACAAUAUAUACAGGGAAUAGCACAGAAUAUAAACACCCAAUUAAUGCCAACAGAAGGCAGUAAACAUUUGCAUUAAAAAAAAAGAGAAAUUCAAUGUA